UGGUGCGGUCGGGUCUGGAGCAGGAAGUGGGAAGCGGAAGACUGUGGCCGGGAACGCUGACGACUUUUUUUCUUCACAACUAUUGAUACAUUCUUUAUUAGCGUUAUUCUCGUGAACGACACGUACAUUAAGGAGGGCAUCGAAGCACAACAUGUGGAAGGCAGCUGCUGGUCAGUCCGUCUCUGUUUCAGUGGACGAUGGAGGAGAUGAUUGGGAGACUGACCCGGACUUUGAGAAUGAUGUUUCAGAGAAGGAGCAGCGCUGGGGAGCCAAGACCGUGGCCGGCUCCGGACAUCAGGAACACAUCAAUAUUCAUAAGCUGCGGGAGAGAGUGUCUUCUGAACACAGUGAGCUGAAGCAGAAGGAGCUGGAGCACAUGCCCAAAGCGUCUCACGGUUAUGGAGGAAGGUUUGGAGUACAGCAGGAUCGCAUGGAUAAGUCUGCGGUGGGACACGAGUAUCAGAGCAAGCUGUCCAAGCACUGCUCCCAGACGGACACCUCCAAGGGCUUCGGCGGGAAGUACGGCGUGGAAGCUGACCGUGUCGACCAGUCUGCCGUGGGCUUCGAGUACGCCGGAAAAACCGAAAAACACGCCUCGCAGAAAGACUACGCCGCGGGGUUCGGGGGCCGCUACGGCGUGCAGGCAGAUCGAGUGGACCGCAGCGCAGUCGGCUUUGAUUAUCAGGGCAAAACCGAGAAGCACGAGUCACAGAAAGAUUACACCAAAGGCUUUGGUGGGAAAUUUGGAGUGGAGACGGAUAAAGUGGACAAGAGCGCUGUGGGCUUUGAGUACCAGGGAAAGACAGAGAAACACGAGUCUCAGAAAGACUACGUCAAGGGCUUCGGAGGGAAGUUCGGCGUUCAGACGGACCGUCAGGAUAAGUCUGCGGUGGGAUGGGAUCAUCAGGAGAAACUGCAGCUGCACGAGUCACAGAAAGAUUAUGCCAAAGGAUUUGGAGGGAAGUAUGGUGUGCAGAAAGACCGAAUGGACAAGAGCGCCGGCACGUUUGAGGAGGUGGAGAAGCCCAGCGCUGCGUAUCAGAAGACCCGUCCAGUGGAAGCAGCCGGCAGCGGAGCUGGGAAUAUUAAGGCUCGCUUUGAGAACAUAGCGAAGCAGAAAGAGGAGGAGGACCGGAAGAGAGCAGAUGAGGAGCGCUCCAGAAGACAGGCCAAAGAGAAGCAGGAGCAGGAGGAGGCCCGCCAGAAGAAGGAGGAGCCGGUCACCGAGGCGGUGGAGAACGGGUCAAGCGUGUACGAGGUGGAGCCGGUUUCAGCAGCACCCAAGUAUGAAGAACCGGUCCAAGACCUGUACCAGAACCCUGAGCCGGAAGAGCAGUACCAGACCUCAGGUGCUCAGUCCUAUGAGUUUGGAGAGGAUCUCGGCGUGACUGCUGUGGCUCUGUACGACUAUCAGGCCGCGGGAGACGACGAGAUCUCCUUCGAUCCGGACGACAUUAUAACCAACAUCGAGAUGAUCGACGAGGGCUGGUGGAGGGGUGUGUGUCGGGGCGCCUACGGACUCUUCCCAGCCAAUUACGUCGAAGUUCGACAAUAGACUCGCUCCCGGCGGACGUCACUGAAGGAGACGUCAUGCUUCCAGUCAUUAUCAGCCCUGCUUUCUCUUCUUUCACUGUUCGCCGCUCAUUCCUGUUUCACGUCAGUAGGUGCGUGCGCUUUACUGGAUCCAGCUGCCGUUAGAGAUUCUGUCACACACACACACACACACACACACCUAUACAUCAGUGUGUGAAAUAAGAGACCAAAGAUCUGAGAUCUUCUGGCAUGUUUUAGUUUAAUGUCAUUCGUCACGCACACGAGCGGCUUCUUUGAACACGUUUAGUUCUUUCUGCAGUGUUGGAAUAGGAAGCAACUGAGUUGACUAGUUUGAAAAAUCGAAUGCUCUUAAUCAAUGAAGGCCAAACUGUAAUGCCAUAAUCCAUCACUGCUAGAAUCCUGUGCACAGGAUGAACAGACGCUCCAUCGCAGUGUUUGAAACCGUUUAUAAGAAUCACUUUGAUGGUAUUUGAAGGGUUGUGUAUUAAAAUGAGAUGUUAAUGUCUUAUGUGGCGUGAACUGUACGUCUGUCUCUCGUGCUUCUCCAUUCGUCUCUACGUUCUAGACAGGCUCUCGAUGUGGUGGCAGAUUGACGUCGAUCUUUCUGCGAGUGCAUGACUUUAUCGUUUGAAUUAUAUCGAAUGACGUGACGUCAAACGACAAUCCACACAGGUGCGGUGGAGUUCAUGUUUAAUGGCUUAGCAGCAACUAAUGACAUAAUCUGUGUUCUGCAGUUUUAGUUAAGUAUCUUUUUCGAACAAAUUAUCUGUGCUUAUCUCUCUUUACAAGGCUGUUUUAUAAGAAAUAUCAUUUAAGAAUAAAAAAAUAAAACCAG